CUGACCUCCAACUACCUCUCAUCCUCCUUUUUGCCCUACUGGACAAUCAAGACUAAAUUAUUAUCAGCCGCAACAAGCCAGGCCUGAAAUUUUCUGCUUCAUUUGAUUCUUCAAACCUGGAUGAUGAGAGGAGUAAGAUGAUAUCAAGUUCAAGAGAAAAAGUUUUUCAAACAAAGCAAGAGGGUGACAAAAAUGAAGGCAAGUUCUCUAGAGGACCAUCUAGUUCAAGGCAAUGGUCAGGAUUCAGAAAUCCAAGAAUUGUGCGAGUUUCUCGUUCAUUUGGAGGAAAAGAUAGGCACAGCAAAGUUUGCACCAUAAGGGGAUUGAGGGACAGGCGAAUUCGCCUUUCAGUGCCCACUGCAAUACAAUUAUACGAUCUUCAAGAGAGGCUCGGCCUCGGUCAGCCGAGCAAGGUGAUAGAUUGGUUGCUUGAUGUCACUAAAAACGAUAUCGAUAAGCUCCCGCCGCUUCCUAUACCACCUGGAUUUGGUCACCAAUUCCAUCAACAGAUGCUUCCAUCUCAUGAAUCAACUGCUUCUCAAUCUUCUCUUGCUCCUUUCUUUGAUGUAAAUUCUGCAUUUCAUCCUUUGUUGUCCAGCAAGGAAGGGAUAAAAAUCAAUGGUGUUGAUGGGGGAGAUGAUGAUCAAAACAUGUUGGGAAAACCUAAGUACUGGGAUGUGGAUUCUUCAUUAAUGAGGGCAAAAGGUAAAGAAGUUGAAAGAGAGGUUUUUUUCGAGAAAGGAAAGUGGAUUAAAACAAAUGAACAAAAGAAUAAUCAAGAUCAAGGAAGCAACAAUUACAGUGGACAAGCUUCAGCUCAUAAGUUUUUUCCUCACUCUUCCUUACCUGUUAUGUUGAACAAUGCCGUGCCAUUCAACUCCUACUACCACUGGGAGCCUUCAUCAAAUUUGUCUUUAUCUCAAUUUGGAAGCCAUGAAUUUCUGUCUCAAACAGAAAAUUCACUCUACAGCAAUGCUUUUCCAUCGGGGUCUCACUUAUUUUUCUGCCCACCGACAACAAUGCCACCACUUUUGCCAACAUAUUCCCCGUAUGUUUCAACUGCACCAGAGAAUGAGUCCAGACAAUUCAAUCAUUUCCAACUGUUGAGCUCAAAUCCACACCAUAUUCUACCCAAUUCUGCAACAAUCACCUCAUCACAAGUGAAACCUUUUUCAUUGAACAUAAAUCCAGGCCUUUCUCAUCCACAGACUAAUCUCGAAAGCAACGCGGAUAAGGAAGACACCUAGCAGCUAAACUCAAUGAUCCUAUGACAUGCAUGAUUUGCUUCAGCCUUGGCAUGGACUGAUGGUGAAUUAAUACAAUUUCAAAGUUUGUGGGAUAUAUAUUGUGACAUGGUUUAUAUGGUAACAGUUUUCUAAAACAUAUCAACGCAAGAUUAAUAGUCAUAUAUAAUGGCCAUCAUCUUGUGCCUUAUUUUGUCUCAAUUCGAUCUCCUCAUCCUGG